AACUGCACUUCCUCCGUCGCAGUGAAACGCGGUAAACUGAUUCCCGGAGCAGAGCGCCUCCCCUAGUGCAGCAUGGCGUCCAACAGCGCGAUGUCUAACGGCAAAGAAGCAGCGAAGGUGAACGGCGAGCCGGUGCUGAAGCGGGCUCGGGACGGCCUCCACGAGCUGCUGCGCUCCCACAAGGAGCCGCGGAACAAAGUGACGGUGGUGCUGGGGGCGCAAUGGGGCGACGAGGGCAAGGGGAAGGUGGUGGACCUGCUGGCCAUGGACGCGGACAUCGUGUGCCGGUGCCAGGGCGGGAACAACGCGGGCCACACGGUGGUGGUGGACUCGGUGGAGUACGACUUCCACCUGCUGCCCAGCGGCGUCCUCAACAAGAAGGCCCUCUCCUUCAUCGGUAACGGCGUGGUGAUCCACCUACCAGGGCUGUUUGAUGAGGCGGAGAAGAACCUGCAGAAAGGCAAAGGUCUCCAGGGUUGGGAGGAGAGGCUGAAGAUCUCUGACCGCGCUCACAUCGUGUUCAACUUCCACCAGGCAGUGGACGGGAUCCAGGAGCAGCAGAGACAGCAGCAGGGCGGCAAGAAUCUGGGGACGACCAAGAAGGGCAUAGGCCCCGCCUACUCCUCCAAGGCGGCCCGUAACGGCCUCCGGAUCUGCGACCUGGUGUCAGACUUCCCCGUGUUCGAGGAGAAGUUCCGCGUGCUGGCAGAACACUUCCUCACGAUGUACCCCACCCUGAACCUGGACGUGGAGGGGGAGCUGGCGCAGCUCAAGAGCUACGUGGUCCGGCUGCGCCCCCUGGUGACGGACGGCGUGUACUUCAUGCACCAAGCUCUGACCGGGCCCAGCAAGAAGAUCCUGGUGGAGGGGGCCAACGCUGCCCUGCUGGACAUCGACUUCGGGACCUACCCCUUCGUGACGUCCUCUAACUGCACGGUGGGCGGGGUCUGCACGGGGCUGGGCGUGCCCCCCUGCCAUGUGGGGCGUGUCUACGGCGUGGUGAAGGCCUACACCACCAGGGUGGGGGUGGGGGCCUUCCCCACCGAGCAGGACAACGUUACGGGGGAGCUGCUGCAGUCCCGGGGCCGGGAGGUGGGCGUGACCACGGGCAGGAAGCGGCGCUGCGGUUGGCUGGACCUCAUCCUGGUCCGAUACGCCCACAUGGUCAACGGCUUCAGCGCAAUCGCUCUGACGAAGCUGGACAUCCUGGACACGCUCGAGGAGAUCAAGGUGGGCAUCAUGUACAAGGUGGACGGGGAGGUCCUGCCCAGCUUCCCCGCCAACAUGGACGUGCUGACGCGCGUGAAGGUGGACUAUAAGACGCUCCCCGGCUGGUGCUGCAGCACGGAGGGGGUCCGCAGCAUGGAGGACCUGCCCCCCCAGGCCCGGGACUACGUCCACUUCAUAGAAGACUUCCUACAGGUCCCAGUUAAAUGGGUCGGCGUCGGAAAGUCCCGGGAGAGCAUGAUCAAGCUGUUCUGAUUGGUGGUUCCUCUGAACCAAUGGGACGGCCGGAGGCGGAUCAGACCACAGACUGCCCAGGCGCUCGCCUUCACUUUUAGUUGUUUUCGACAUUUCCGGUAAUUCUUCCAAUUUGUGUAAUUUAAGAUGGAUUCACGAUACAUUGGGUAUUUAUUAGAGUCUUUUAAAGCGGAGGUGAACUUCAGUUGGUCUGGACGUUGUUUCUGAGGGUUUAGUCUGAACAUUUAAGACUUGGAGACGUAGGGUUUAUAACGGACUAGAGAUCAUUUUACAUCUUUAUACUACUGUAAGUACACAUUGUUCGGUUCAUUUGGAUCCUGUUUUUAAUCAACUACACCAUUGGUGCAGUGUGAGGGACAAUAAUAAAGUUAUAAAAUAACAAAAGAAGAUGAACCAGAUUAUUUUUCUUGUUUUUGAAAUGUUAAUUGAUGGUCCAUCCUGUAAAUGACCACAGCGCCACGAAUGACCAGCGGCAGAGCCCCCCUGUCCCUGGGGCCUCGACCCCUGCCCUGGCACCAGGCAGGGGUCGAGAGCCAGCAGGUCCUUCUAGGUCAGGGGGGGGUCAGAGGUCGCCGUUACAUUUGUUGGUUUCAAUAGUUCCUGUUUCCCAUGCUCUUCCAUUUCAUUGUGAUUCACUGACUGUUACUGCUGUUAAUAAAUGUCUUCAUUUGA